GUCAGAAUUUGACCCUCCUACCCUCUUUCCAGGUUCUUGCAAAAUACCCCAGCUGUCGCCGGUGUGUCUGUCCUGGUCGGAUUAGCUGCAACGUCAAUCAUCAUAUUCUUGGCUUUCUAUAUACGUCGCCGGAGGCGAAGAGCCCGAAUUGAGCACGACACCGCUGUCAGUGCGACACUCGCGGCUGCCGGAUUUACGAGAAGGGCCCUCGAUGAUGAUCUGGACGACGGCCCAGGAAGUACUGCUACUGGAAGAUAUAGAGACUCUGAUGGCGAUCCGUUUGGGACCAACAGAAGUACUAAUCAUUCCGCAGGAAGUGGAGGGGUUUUAGAGAUGGGUCAACGGUCUUCGAGCCAUCUUUCUGGCAGAAACUCGGCAUAUUCUGCUAAUGCUGCAAACCCCGGCAACGGGUUUAAUCCGUACACGGAAUUCGGCUACGCGGUACCUAUGGGUCCUCCUACUUCGCCCCCUGGUCAUCCUCCGUCAUCGUACGUCCCUCCUGGUGCUAGUUCAGGACCUGGGUACAUCCCUGUGGCUAAUGGAGAACGAGGUAGUCCUGUGCCGGGGCACUCUCCUGGACCAAGCAUCGGUGGGAGUGCAGCGUUGGGAGAGAAAGGUCACGGGCACAAUGCUAGUGCAGGCAGCUACGAGCCUCUUCUGGGUACAUGGUGGGCAAGUCAAGGUCAAACUCAGAGUGAGAACCCUACAAAAGACGAGCCUCCUGUUGCGGCGGCUGAGAACAACCAGCGGGGUAGCCACGAAUCUGGUGCUCCUCCCCCUCCACCUCGCAAUCCACGUCGCUUGAUCGAUUCUCCUGCAGAUCCCGGUACUCCCUCCCCACUGCCUCCCGCCGCGGGUCAUCGAAAUAAGCCCAGCGAAGAUUUAUUGGGACUUGGAGCGUUAUCGUCCGGUGGUACAUGGGGUGCUCAAAAGAAGACAAACGGUAGUGGGGUCAAGGACGACUCGUCCUCUGUAUAUUCCAAUGACGACGACAAUCACCUCGAUGUCGGGAAGACGCUCCUAAAUCGGGCUAAGAGUAGAGCACAAGGUCCCAGCAAAGCGAGGAGGGAAGGGACUGAGGAUGCGAGUCUUUUUGGGGACCACGAAGAUUACUCCCAGCGCGUCGGAGGCGGCGGUGUUCUUGGAGUGAGGAAUGUGACUGAUUUGGAUCGCGAACGGAGUGUCCGCAGUAGCAUGGAUUCAUAGGUUUAGGAAAUUUCUUUUCGCACUUCCUUCCACACCUUGGGAUUCCAGAAAAAAAAUCGACGGACCUUGUAACAAUGGCAAUGGCUGUUUCCUCUUCAUUCUGCCUUGUCAUUCACAAUUUUCGGUGUUGGGUCGAUGGACAGUAUGUUUCUCUCUCUUUGCUUCCAUGUUCAAUCAUUUUUCUCGUUGUUCUG